UGCUGGUAGAGUUCCUCGACACUUAAUCCUAAGGGCUUACCACAACUUUCUCAGUGAUCUCUUGUCCUUUUGCCCUAAUAAUAUACAAAUACAAACACAAACACGACAUUUGUUGAAGAAUCGAGUUGGCUUAUCCUUGGACGGAACAAAACAUAUAUACUGACAACUAAAGAGUCGAGCCAGUAGUCCUCCUCUACGCUAGGAAACAUCAUAAAAAGUAAAACUAAGUGCCUCUUUGGAUACCCAAAUGUUCUUCUGUAGAGAAUUUACGAAGAAAUAAUUAGUCAUUUUGUUGUCCAUGGAAGGAGCUCAGAGGGUUUUGGUGAUCCAAGAUGCAUCAAGGGAAGUUAGUUCAAGUGCCAUCAAGUGGGCACUGCAUGGGUUAUCACUUAAGCCUGGAGAUAUGGUCACCCUUCUUGGUGUUCUUCACUUGGUCAAUACCCCUUUGGGAUACAAAAGCAGAACAGACAGUUCCAUGUUCGGAGUAAAUCAGAAUAUUGUUGACAGAGAAGUUACAGGGAAGAUAAAUGAGUAUGAAAAUCAUGGGGAACUCAAGGAGCUAUCCAAGCUGUAUGAAAUACAAAAGGUUGAGUUGAAGAUAGAGGUGGCUACAGGGCCUUCACCAAAGACAGUUGCUUUAAAGAUAGCUCAAGAUUUGAAGGCAACAUGGAUUAUACUUGACAGAACAAUGAAGAAAGACAGAAAAUACUUCCUCCGAAAGCUUUCGUGUGGGAUAUCAAGAAUGAAACGCAACAACAGCAUUGAACAGUUGAGAGGACCAAAAGAUUCAACAGAAGCCAAUCAAAAUGAAAGAGUACGCAACAUCUGUCUAUCUUAUGAUGAAAUAAUUCCCGGAUCCCUAGAGGAGCAAGAGUUUUUCAGCAUUGAACUUCUCCCUCCAAGGCAAACAGAAGUCAUUCAACCAAGCCAGGUUGAAGCACUAACACGGAGCAGCGGCGGAGAUGAAGUGGUGGUGGAAGAAUGGCAACCUGAAGUGAUAUUUCAAAAUUCAAUAUGUAACCUUUGCAAGAUUAGGCGACCGCAUAGUGGAUGGAUAAGGGACUUCACGUUUGAAGAACUUCAAGCUGCUACAGAUGAUUUUUCAGCAAAGAACACUAUAUAUGAAGGUGGAAUUGGUACUGCUUGCAGGGGUAAGCUAAGUAAUAAUCUGAAAAUUGUCGUCAAGCAACACAAAUCUUCAAGCCAUCAAGGAGAGAUGAAUUUCAAAUCAGCAGUCCAUCUGCUCAAGAAAGCUAGACAUGACAAUGUGCUCAUGCUACUGGGAUCCUGUACAGAACCAAGUGUCAGACUGCUUGUAUACGAGUAUGCAUGCAAUGGUUCAGUUAAUCAACACAUAUCAAAGCACUGCCCCUUACCUUUGACAUGGACAGAAAGGAUGAAGGUAGCAAUGGGUGCUGCUAGAGGUUUAGACUACCUGCAUAAGAACAACAUAAUUCAUGGAAACAUGAGAACAAGAAACAUUGCUCUAAAUCAUGAUUUUGAACCAAUGCUUGGAGAUUUCGGCCUCUCAACAGAAAAUCCAUCAGAUGAUAUAGAUUUUGAAACUGGAUACGUAGCCCCAGAAUAUCAAGAAAACAGGAAGCUUUCAACAAGGACAGAUGUCUAUGCCUUUGGCAUAGUCCUACUGGAGCUGAUCACUGGCAGGAAUGCUGCAGACAAGAAGCUAGGGGAGAAAGGUCUUGUGAAAUGGGCAAGGCCAUUUCUGAAAUACAAGAGGCUUCUUGAAAUACUUGACCCCAGAAUUGACAGCUCCCUUGAUUCUGAACAGCUUUACUGGAUUGGUCUAGUGACACAGAAAUGUCUCUGUGACAAUCCUAAGAAACGAUUAACCAUGGAUAAGGUGGCAUCUGCGCUAGAAUGCAUAACAGAGAGAAAAUCAUGCCAAUUGAUUCAAGAUCUUGCUGCAGCCAAAUCUUACUUCUACAGCACGUUUGAAUUCAAUGGAUUUCGAAGGUAUGAUAAAUCAUUUAAAAGAGACAGCUUCAGCGUAGAAAUAGACGAUGAAAGCCGAGCAAGCACAUCAUUUUCGCUUAAUUCAGCAAGUUUCAGUAGGAGCCCCACAAGUAGUGUGAAGAGUGACAAAAUGUGGAGAGAAAAAUCUGGAAAUGGAAUAUCACUGCGUUAUGCAGAAAUGCUUGACUAAACAUCAGUUGUAGUUUUUUUCAGUUUGAUUUGUAUUGAUACUUGAAUGCUCGUGGAGUAGUUCCGAAUUG